CCAUCUUCAAUAUAGACGCAAAAUGCUUCUCAACUUUCUAGCCGUCCUCCCUAUCGCCCUAGCGGCCCGUGUUGUUGUCAACUGGGACGUGGGCUACGUGAUGGCCAAUCGCGACGGCGUCAGGAUGCGACGCUGCAUCGGCGUCAACGGGCAGGUGCCCAUCCCGCCUAUCGAAAUGACAGUCGACGACACGCUGGUUCUAAACGUCCACAACUCGCUUGACCAGCCGACAUCAGUCCACAGCCACGGGAUAUUCCAGAACGGCACCAACUACAUGGACGGCCCGCUGAUGGUCACCGAAUGCGGCAUCCCGCCGGGCGAGUCGUUCACAUAUGAAUACCAGAUCACGCAGACUGGGACGUUUUGGCUCCACGGCCACGCGCAAGCGCAGAAUUCCGACGGAUUGCGUGCACCACUGAUUGUCAGGGACAAAGUGAAGCCGUACGAGUAUGACGACGAAUACACGUUUGCGCUCGAGGACUGGUAUUCCAAGGAAUUUGCAGAGAGACAUGCGGAGAUUAUGGACCCUACCAAGGACUUCCCGCCCAAGCCCUCGUUUCCGACGGCGCUGAUAAACGGCUACAGCGGCAAUGCUGCCCAGCCCGUUGCAUUUGCGCCUGGCAAGACAUACCGUGUCCGUGUCAUUAACAUGUCUACUACCGAGAACUUCCAGUUCAGCAUUCCCGGCCACACGCUCAAUGUCAUCGAGGCGGAUGGUAUUUACUCUCUGCCGCAUGCGGUAGAUAUCCUGGACCUGACUCCGGGCCAGCGGUACUCAGCACUGGUGACGGCAAAGAACUCCAACGAGUUCAACUACUACUACAACGCCACAGUGUAUAUCGGCCUUGAAUUGAUGGUUCUGCAAGUCAACCCACGCGUGUACCUUGGUCUGGUCGAAUACAAGCAUGGCGCCCCAGAAAGAGUGAUUGAUGAUAUUGAAUUGUCAAACAAGGACCGCACGCCACUGCUGCCAGUCGACCGCACCAUCGACCUGGUUGUUGCUGAUCAUCUGUAUACUAGCGGAGAGACACUAGCCUCCGUCAACAAUAUCACCUACAUUGAGCCCAAAAUCCCGACCCUGCUCUCGGCGCUAUCCCUGGGAGACCUGGCGCAUAACCCGGUUGCAUACGGACCGCAAACGAACGCAAUCGUGUUGAACCACAUGGAGUACAUUGAGUUCAAUAUCAUCAACCCGACGGACCGCGACCACCCGAUGCACAUCCACGGACAUGUGCUCCAGAUUGCUGAAUACGGGCCAACCCCGGGGCCGUACUUUAGCCCGCAUAACACGUCGUUUGUUACUCCAGUGCCGCCGCAACGCAAGGUCGCCAGCCCGUUCCCGAUUGCCCGCGAUACAGUGGAGCUCUCGGCGUUCACAUACACCAAGCUGCGCUUGCGCGCAGAUAACCCGGGCGUCUGGAUCAUGCAUUGCCAUGUCGCGACAGUGGUCGAGGCUCCGGAUGUGCUUGCGAGAACACUGAGGAUGCCGGAGGAAAUGCUGCAGAUUGCCGCGCAGUCAAGUGCUUGA